AUGCUGAAAAGUCGUGGAAAUCCUUCAGUGGCUAUUUCUAUAGGAAUUUCCCUUUUUUUACUCUUGGUGGUUUGUGGAAUUGGGUGUCUCUGGCACUGGAAACACCGUAAUAGCACAGGAUUUACCUUACCAAAGUUUCUGCAAAGGAGAAGUAACAAGAAAAAAGACUGUAAAAAAAUGUUCUUGAGUUCCCACAUUAUUAACGCAUGGCAUAAAAUCUCAGCUGAAGUCCAUGACCACAGAUCUGCUGUGCAGGAAACUAACUUACAUGAAAACUAUGAAAAUGUGGAAGCAAGUUGUCCUGGAACUCAGGAGGAAACCGACAAGGAACUCUAUGAAAACACACGGCAGUGUAAUUUUGAGGAGCAUAUUUAUAGAAAUGAGACAGCCUCUGAGUAUUAUAACUUUCAGAAGCCGAUUGCUUCCAAAGAUCCUCAAGAGGAAGAUAUAUACAUUCUCCCAGAUUAG